ACAACCUUAGCAAUAUAUAGUGUCCAGAGUCGAAAAUUUCCCAAUCGGUCCCGCUGUCAACGUUUCAUCCCAUGAUUACUGGUUAUUCUGUAGCCACCUUGGUGGUCUUCAUCAUAUCAAUUGGCUUCGUCAUAUACCCAGUCUCUAUACCCACACCUCGACGAAUACCCCGUAUCCCAAUAAAUUUAACAACAGCCCCAAUUCUCGCAAUUGCAAUCCUCUGGGCAGCACAAUGUCUCGACCCAGCAGUCAUUCGUGGAGGCAUUGUUGGUACAGACGGCGUUAAACCUUACAACAUUCUCAUCCUCUUUUUCUCUCUUGCAUACAUGGCUAUCACCCUCGACAUCACCGGUAUCCUUCAAUCAGCAGCAUUCUGGGUUAGCAACAAGGGUGGUACCAAUGGCUGGAAACUCUACUCCUACUUCUACAUCAUGCUUACCAUCCUCUCAAUCUGCCUCGGAAACGACCCAGUCAUUCUCUCUGGAACCGCCUUUCUUAUUUACUACACAAAAGUCGCAGAGCUUAACCAUAUCUCAUGGCUCAUGUCUGAGUUUGCCGCAGCAAACACAGCGAGCAUGGUCUUGUUUGUCGGGAACCCGACGAAUGUGGUGAUCUGCGAAGGUUUCAACGUGAAUAAUGCCGCUUUCACAGCGUACACCAUCCUCCCAUUCAUUGCUUGCAGCGUUUUCUGCUUCUUGGCUCUUGGUGGUCAAUACCGCAAUAAAAAAUAUGUCCCUCGCAAGUUGAACCACGCUACUGACCUGGACGCUCGCUCAGUCCUCCUCGAUCCGAUCGGCGCCUGUGUCGGUAGUUUCAUGCUUGCUUCCGCCCUCAUUCUGUGCUUGGUCGUCAGCUUCUUCGGAAUUGACGUGUGGAAGAUUAGCUUGCCUUUUGCUACUGCCAAGUUUAUCUAUGAUGUUGCCUGGGAUCACUAUCGCUUUGUCCGGAAGUUACCUAUGCUCGGGCGUGGGCAGCAAGGGCCAGAGGCACGGGGAAUACCGUCAGACGACUUGAUGCUGCAGGACGCGCAAACAUUACCAGAUGACAGCAGUCGAUAUCGUCAGUCCUCACUCCCAAUACCCACGAAUGACAAGGUGGAUUCCAUCCCCAAUCCCGUUGUCGUCAACAAUUUCUCCCCGCCUUCAUCCAAGGUCUUCGCAGCCCGGUGGCGCUCCAAAGGCAUUGCCCUACACAAACGGCUGCACGCUCACUUCCCUACAUUUUUCACCGCGCUCCCGCGGCUCCCUUUCGCCCUUGUCCCAUUUGCCUUCUCGCAGUUUAUCUUGAUUGAAGCCCUGUCGUAUCAGGGUUGGAUGGACGUCUUUGGCACGUGGCUACUACGUGCAACUCAUGGAGACAUGUACCGCACCAUCUGGUUGAUCGGUGUUCUUGGAGUAAUCCUGUGCAACGUCUCCGGAACAAACAUUGGUGCAACGAUUCUGCUCACGAAGGUCGUGCGUGCAGCAUCUCCUAUGUUGAGCGAUCAGACCAUCCGCGCGGCUGCCAUUGCCCUAGCUGUAGCCAGUAAUAUCGGCGCUGUAUCGUUUACCUUCAGUGCAAGCCUCGCGGGGCUUCUAUGGAAAGGCAUCCUCAAGCAAAAGGGCAUCAUUGUAAAGCAGACGACAUUUGCGUACUGGAAUGCGCUUCCGUUGGUGGUGAUGAUGAUUGUUGGGCUUUCCGUAGUCUGCGCAGAGAUGGCAGUUUUAUAUCCUUAAGGAUUCAGACGCUGGUAUAUUGUACAGCAAAGCCCCUAAGUCCUGCGGCCCCGCUCCGCGUGGAUGGAGGAACAGGGAUGCGUGGGCACGCGGCAGCGUGCCCCACAAAAUGCUGUGGACAAGGAACGGGUGACUUCUUGCAACACGCGUGGAUUGUAUAUAGCCACAUUAACCUAGUAGCCAUCUGAUGGCAUGCACGUUGACGCAUCGGUUUAUGUACAUUUAAGUUGUUACCUACGUAUAUCCGUGCUACAGAGAUAUCCGAAGAACGGACGACAAUCGUAAUCUAUUCUUUGGUCCACUGACAUAAGGUAUGUUCAAGACACUGUAUUCAUAAUCCUUCUGGCGGAUCUUGGUCUCCUGUAGUUAGAUCAUAUACUGGAUGGCAUAUAGAAUGCUAUUCUAGUUCUAAACGUCUCAUGCCGACGUGGUGCUAUCAAA